UUCUCGGUCGUUUUCCCUCCCAUCCUUUGGCUCAUCCGUCGGUUGCAACUUAGUGAAGGUCAUUGAGCUCUUCACCUGGACCUUCUUGGGGUUGGUCCGUCGAACCCAAGCUCACCCACCCGCCACUUCCAGCAGCUUCACCGCGACAAAACAACGACAGCAUUCAACCUCGACACUACUAACUAAAGGUACCCUUACCAGACGAACCUAGACAUCCGAGCGAGUUUACACUACCUGCUGGUUGAUCCACAGAAGUGGUUUCCUAAGUAUCAGACCUGCCUUGCCGACCUUGCUAGUACAGAGAUUACUUAGUAUUACCAAGCCACAGCCGUCCAACCUUGGCCUCUUGGAUUGCUUGGCCUUUCCUUGCAGUUCGCCUUCCGCCGCCGUGACUACCUGACAGCGUAAGAUACCCAAAGCGGGGGGGCCGGCUGGCCACACACGCACGAGUUACCAAGAGCAGCACAGCCUCACCACCUACGGGCGCUCAAGAGUCCCUCUAGCUUCCAUCUACCACCUACUGCCACCUACAGAAUUUCAUCCACCCUGCCGCAUCCAUUCCGUUGCCAGUGACUGCGCGUUCUCGUCAACGUCAGUGUCCAUCGCAAGGAGAGUUGGCCCUUUUGUAACAAUCAUUCAGCCUGCUUGUACCAUCGUCGACUUGUCCUCCUUUCAUCCCCGCCCCGCCUGCAUUCAGCCGCGAGUCCUCGAUCCCAAACGAGCGAGAGCGACCGACUACCCGACCCGAUUGCGACCAGCCUCUGCUUGGUCCAAGAAACGAGACGAAAACUUAAAGCCCCGCGUGCGAGUUUGUUGACGCGCUCCAUCUGCAACAAUGACCAGCAGCCGGGACUCGGGGCUGCCGGCCCAGCCCAAUCUCCGCGUAACAAUCAUCGCCGCCGAUGGUCUAUACAAGCGAGAUGUCUUCAGGUUUCCCGACCCGUUCGCCGUCGCUACCAUUAACGGUGAGCAGACAAAGACCACCCAGGUCUCCAAGCGUACCCUAAACCCAUACUGGAACGAACACUUUGAUUUCAAAGUGAAUGAGGACAGCAUUCUGGCUGUCCAGGUGUUCGACCAAAAGAAGUUCAAAAAGAAGGACCAAGGUUUCCUCGGUGUCAUCAAUGUCCGGAUAGGGGACGUAAUAGAAUUGGCUCCCGAUGCGGAAGAUCAGAUGCUCACGCGGGACCUUAAGAAAUCGACCGACAACCUUGUGGUGCACGGCAAACUGAUCAUAAACCUAUCUACUAACCUCACAGCAACUAUGAGUCGCCUCGGUCCCCCUCCAUCUUCGAGCAGACCAUCACUACUCACCCCUCAAAGUUCGGUUAUUUCUAACGACAGAGCGAACGAACGUCCUUCAUCAGCCAUGUCCGGACCUAAUGGAACCGCCAAUAACAUGACUUUGGCAAGCCGACCCGCCAGCCUGGCUGUUUCGUCGUCGUCGACAGCCCCGACCCCCGGGACAAAUGGAACAGCCCCAACGAACCCGUCGACCCUCGUUCCGGCGCAAGCCAGGCACCAUAGCACGCUUAGCCCCUUCGAAGAUUCAAUGGGAAGAUUGCCAGCUGGCUGGGAACGUCGCGAGGAUCAUUUGGGGAGGACAUAUUAUGUUGAUCAUAAUUCACGGACCACGAGCUGGAAUCGGCCAACUGGCACAGGGGCGGCCGAAAACCGUACCGCCGAAGCCAAUACUCAAGUCGAGCGUCAACGGCAUCAGAACAGAACACUUCCCGAGGACCGCACUGGCGCCAAUUCCCCCACCCUACAGCAGCAGCAAGCUGCCGCCACCGCCAAUGCUGCCACUAUGAUGCAUACCGGGGCGACAACCCCCGGAACCGGUGAAUUACCUGCUGGUUGGGAGCAGAGGUUUACCCCAGAAGGAAGGCCGUACUUUGUCGACCACAACACGCGCACUACUACCUGGGUCGACCCUCGACGCCAGCAGUACAUUCGCAUGUACGGUGGCCAGAACAACACGAACGGGACCAUUCAACAACAGCCGGUGUCCCAGCUCGGUCCCCUGCCUAGUGGUUGGGAGAUGCGGCUCACCAACACGGCUCGCGUCUACUUCGUGGAUCACAAUACCAAGACAACGACCUGGGAUGAUCCUCGUCUGCCUUCGUCGCUCGACCAGAACGUACCGCAGUACAAGAGAGACUUCAGGAGGAAGCUCAUCUAUUUCCGUUCGCAGCCUGCUAUGCGGAUCAUGUCCGGACAGUGUCACAUCAAGGUCAGGAGAUCGCACAUUUUCGAGGAUUCGUUUGCGGAGAUUUCGAGGCAAUCGGCGACGGACCUGAAGAAACGAUUGAUGAUCAAGUUCGACGGCGAGGACGGCCUCGAUUACGGCGGUCUGUCGCGCGAGUUCUUCUUCCUCCUUUCUCACGAAAUGUUCAAUCCAUUCUACUGCUUGUUCGAGUAUUCGGCCCACGAUAACUACACCCUCCAGAUCAACCCCCACUCGGGUAUCAACCCUGAGCAUCUCAACUAUUUCAAGUUCAUUGGCCGGGUCGUGGGUCUGGCUAUUUUCCACAGGCGAUUCCUGGAUGCCUUCUUCAUUGGCGCUCUGUACAAGAUGGUUCUCGGAAAGGCUGUCAGCUUGGCGGAUAUGGAGGGUGUGGAUGCCGAUUUCCAUCGGUCUCUGCAGUGGAUGCUGGAUAACGACAUCACCGACGUUCUUGACGCAACCUUCUCUACUGAAGACGAGCGGUUCGGCGUAAUCACGGAGGAGGAUCUAAUCCCCAAUGGUAGGAACAUUGCGGUCACAAACGAGAACAAGAAGGAGUAUGUCGAAUUGAUGGUGAAGUGGAGGAUCGAAAAGCGCAUUGAGCAACAGUUCCGGGCGUUCAAGGAUGGCUUCCAUGAGCUUAUCCCGCAGGAUCUGAUCAACGUGUUUGAUGAGCGCGAGCUUGAGCUGUUGAUUGGUGGUAUUGCCGAGAUCGAUGUCGACGACUGGAAGAAGCACACGGAUUACCGUGGUUAUACCGAGUCAGACGAGGUUAUCCAGUUCUUCUGGCAGACUGUUCGGUCGUGGGAUGGCGAGCAAAAGUCGAGAUUGCUCCAGUUCACGACCGGCACAUCCCGUAUCCCAGUCAACGGAUUCAAGGAUCUCCAGGGUAGUGAUGGUCCUCGUAGAUUUACGAUUGAGAAGGCAGGAGAGAUUACGAAUCUUCCCAAGGCGCAUACAUGUUUCAACCGGUUGGAUCUGCCACCGUACAAGUCUCUGGAGAUGCUGCAGCAAAAGCUUACGAUUGCUGUGGAGGAGACUAUGGGUUUCGGACAAGAAUAAAAGGACAAAAACAGGGGCGAUGAAUCAUGGACAGAGGGACGAAUAUGGUGAUAUGGGAUAUGGUGGUAUGGCUGCGAUGGCUGCAUGAAGGAAAGAACGGUACUGCUACACGAGUAUUGGGUGGCAUGCGUCGAAUUUAUGAUAGCAUCAAGCUUUUUUUUUUCUCAUCAAUUUAUUGUCCGACCCGUUUUGGUUUCUUUUUUGGGGCGAAGUUCAUUGGCACCGGAGAUUACUACUGUUACCUCGCCCCUCCCCGGUGCACAAGAGCUGUAUAUAAAUGGAUUGUUUGCUUGUUAUUGAUCCUUCAAGUAGUGAGCUUCAGCAUCCUGCUACUGGUAUACGUUCAAAUGUGGUGUUAUGGAAUUAGGCAAUGCCAAGUUUGUG